GCUACUACCCUGUCCUGCUGUAACGAUUUACAAUGUUGGUCCGGAGAAGUUUCACGAACGUUUGCGCUGGCUCGAAGACGAGGAGCAACCGCGUGGUCCGGCAUGCCGUAAUAGUCAAGGCUCGCUUUGGUGGUGGUCGAGGUGACGUUCUGGACCGACCCGGAUUUGAUGUCAGCAAACGCCUUGGAGGCUUUGACCUGAGCGACUUCAACCUGGGAGGAUGGACACCACCUACAGAAUCAGGCCGCGACGGCGCAGGUGUUGACAAGGACCGGCAGAGCCCUCCAGGCGGCGGCAACUACCGUGUGCUGCUGAUGGACAGCCCGCAGCACUCGGAGAAGGCGGUGAUCAGGGCCAUCUGCUCCGUGGUACCCAACGUGGAUGAGGCGCACGCGCGCAACUGCUUCCACACCUCCAAGCAGCUGGGCAUGGCCAUCAUCACAACGGCGCUGAAGGAGCAUGCGGAGUUCUACAGGCAGCAGCUGUAUGUGAACGGCUGUCGUACGGUUAUUGAACCGGACAGCACCGUCGCGUAGGGUUGCGUUUUUGGGAAGUACCGGUUAGGGCUGCUGUAGGGGAAGUGUAAUAGGUGCUGCGUGUUGGGUCGUCGAGGAGGUUUGAGUAGUGGGCAGGAAGAUAGGAAACAGAGUGAGGGAGUGAGUUUAAGUAUGGCG